AUGAAUAUCUUGUUUUUUGUUAAUGUUCAUGUUUUAGUCUAUAUUUUGGUAUUAUCGAUUUUGCAGAAUUGGUCUCAAUUAUAUUUUGCUUUAACUUUCUUAUCAUUAUCUUAUGCAAUAACUACUUGA